CGCGGUGGCAAACACCCAAAGAGCCAAAAUGAAGGCGGGAAUGGUGGCAGUGAUUCAACGAACUCCUUCUACAUCACUCACGUCUCGCCAUGUCAGAAACUGCAGGAUCUCAUGCUCUUCCUCCUCCUCCGGCCAUAUAUCAUUCAUCAAAGACAUAGCUGGCACUAAACCUCCUGAGCAUCUUCAGAAUUUGCUCAAAAUGCUUCAGACUAGAGGUGAAACUAUCAUUUCUCCAGGAUCCAGGGAAGGAUUGAUCCCUCUGGCCAUUCCACUUUCUGAAAACUUGUCAGGCACUAUAACUGCUUUGCUGCGGUGGCCAACCGCUGCACCUGGAAUGGAGAUGCCAGUUGUGGAAGUUCGCAAGCAUGGGGUGUGGCUUUUAGCCAACAAUGUAGAUCAAUAUAUCCAUCGUAUUCUAGUUGAAGAAGAUGCCAAUGAAUUGCAUAAGAGUAAUAGUGAAUUAUUUAAAGCUUCAGCAGAGGCAGGAAAGAAACUGUAUUCCAGGGGUGACUUUGCUGAGUCAGAUGUUUCUAAUCUUGAUGCUUAUAUAUUAAAAGAGGUAGGGUUGUUUCCUGAUGUAUUAGAGCGCAAAGUUCAGCGACAUUUUGAGCAAGGGGAUCAGGUUUCAGCUUUGAUAACUGGGGAAUUCUAUACAAAGAAGGACCUCUUUCCAGGCUUCGGACGGCCUUUUGUCUUUAAUGCAGAGAUUUUAUUGAAAGUAGGUCGUACACCAGAAGCUAAAGAUUCAGCAAGAGUGGCCUUGAAAUCACCAUGGUGGACUUUAGGCUGUCUAUAUGAGGAUGUUGCUGGAAUUGCUCAAUGGGAGGAUGAGCAGAUUGAAUACAUCAAGGAGAAGGUGACUGAAGAGGGUAGACGAGAGGACCUAAAGAAAGGGAAGGCGCCUGCCCAGGUGGCAUUGGAUGAGGCUGCUUUUCUGUUAGAUUUAGCUUCUAUUGAGGGAACUUGGGUUGACUACCUGGAUCGUAUUGCUGAAUGUUACAUGGAGGCUGGUCUACCAGAAAUUGCAAAAUUUAUUUUGUAUAGAGAUUGACACCAAUGGAGAACAAUUUUUUAGUAUAAAUUUGGAUGCAUUUAUUUUAUAUUAGAAAGAGAGCACUUUAGUGCAAGUUCUGUCUGAUGUUCUCCAUUUUAAUAUACAAGAAGUAAAUGAAAACUUGAGAGAUUG